GCUUUAUUUAUUCUCUAUACAAAUAUUUUCAGAGAGAGAGAGAGAGAGAGCACUUUGUUUUAGAUAAAUGGUUUUUUCUUCUAACAGGUUCUGCAGCUAAAAAACAAAAGACCCCAGUUUCAAAAUGGAGGGAAGCCAAGAGAUUUUGGGAUAUGAUUAUUCAUUUGUUUCCCAAUGAUUGAGUUGUCUAGCACCAAGAGAAACUUGUAUAAAUCUCUCUUGAGUGAGAAAGGGGAUUGAUCUAGAGAGAGAGAAAAAAAAAAAAAAUGAAGUCCAUGAGUGAUCAUGACAAUAACAAUGACAACAAUAGCAACUGGUUGGGCUUCUCUCUCUCUCCUCACAUGGAUGUUCCUAGCUCAGACCACCACCCUCAUCCUCCCUCGUCUAAUGCUGUUUCUAGUGCAAUUCCAACAACUUUCUUCCAUUCCCCACCUCAUUUCAACUAUUCUGGCAUCUAUUAUGGAGCUCAAGAUGGUGAAAAUGGUGGCUUUUACUCUCCCUUAACUGUCAUGCCACUCAAGUCUGAUGGCUCAGUCUGCAUGAUGGAAGCUCUCUCCAGUACCUCACAACUACAAGGGAUGGUAACAAAUGCAACUCCAAAACUGGAGGACUUCUUUGGUGCAACAAUGGGGACCCAUCACUAUGACAACCAUGACAGAGAAGCUAUGGCUCUCAGCUUAGACAGCAUGUACUACCACCAAACCCCAAAUCAUGAAGCUAACAGUCAAAAUCUCUUAAACCAUCUUCAACACAGCUCCAAUACUCAGCAACAACACCACCAAAAUCAAAAUCAAGUCCAACAAUACUCAUAUUUUUGCCAAACACCACUAGAGGGUGAGACUCAGAAAACACAGCUCCCAACAAUGGCAGAUGAUGAAAUGAAGAACUGGGUUUCAAGGAACUACCCAAAUGGCCAGGGAUUCGAUAUUGGGGACAAUGGGGGAGAAUCUGGGACGAUUGGUGUAAUGACCUAUGGGGAUUUGCAGUCUCUGAGCUUAUCCAUGAGUCCUGGUUCACAAUCAAGCUGUGUUACUGGCUCACAGCAGAUUUCACCUACUGUGACUGACUGUGUGGCCAGGGAAACAAAGAAGAGAGGGUCUGAAAAGGUGGAUCAGAAGCCAAUUGUUCAUAGAAAGUCCAUUGACACAUUUGGGCAGAGAACCUCACAGUACAGAGGUGUCACAAGGCAUAGAUGGACUGGUAGAUAUGAAGCCCAUCUCUGGGACAACAGUUGCAAGAAAGAAGGCCAAAGCAGGAAAGGAAGGCAAGUUUAUCUGGGAGGUUAUGAUAUGGAAGAAAAAGCUGCAAGAGCUUAUGAUUUAGCAGCACUUAAGUAUUGGGGACCUUCCACUCAUAUCAAUUUCCCGUUGGAAAAUUAUCAACAACAACUUGAAGAAAUGAAGAACAUGACCAGACAGGAAUAUGUUGCUCACUUGAGAAGGAAAAGCAGUGGAUUUUCAAGGGGGGCUUCAAUAUACAGAGGAGUAACAAGCAGACAUCAUCAACAUGGUCGAUGGCAAGCUAGGAUCGGCCGAGUAGCAGGAAAUAAGGACCUUUACCUUGGAACAUUCAGCACUCAAGAGGAAGCUGCUGAGGCCUAUGACAUAGCAGCAAUCAAAUUUCGCGGGGUGAAUGCAGUAACCAACUUUGACAUAUCAAGGUAUAAUGUGGAACGAAUCAUGGAAAGCAGUACCCUCAUUGCCGGGGAAAUGGCUAGGCGAAACAAUGGAAUAGUAUCCAGUAAUGAGGUCUCUAAUCACCACCCUUCAACUCAAUACCACCAUGGGGAAGCCAAUCUCUUGAAAGAGAACAAUGGAAGUGAAUCGGAUUGGCGAAUGGUCCUCCGUCAGUCCUCUCAACCCGAUGAGAAACAGGGUAGUGUUGAAAAUUACAAGAGCACAUCCUUCACAGUUGCAGCACAUGAUUUGAUCGGGAUCAAUUCAAUGAGCUCAGUUCAGCAAGAGGUGGAUGACUCAGCCAAGACCGCGACUCACCUGUUGAAUGCCUCUUCCUUAUUGACAAGCUUAAACAGCUCAAGAGAAGGCAGCCCUGAUAAGAACAGCUUGCCACUGCUGAUUGCAACAACCCCAUCACCAUCCAAGUUCUUUGCUAGCUCCACAAGCAGUGCCAAUUCUUGGAUCUCAUCAGCCCAGCUGAGGCCUUCGUUGUCCAUGCCUCGUGUGCCAGUUUUUGCUGCUUGGACUGAUGCAUCAUAAUUUUCAUCUUCUCUUCUUGGUAAAAAAGUUUAAUGCGGAGAGACAGAUUGGUUUGGCUUUUUUUUUACCCCCUAAAAGCUGUUUCUCAACAUGGCAUUAUCCAGUUGCCUAAUUGGUAAAGCGUUGAGCUCCCCGAACAUGUAUGCCCGUGUUCAAGUCCCCUGCCCUAAUUUCCCGGAAAAAGAAAAUGAAAAAAAGAAGCUGUUUCUGGACAAGGUAAUUCAAGAUGUUAAAACUCUAUCCUUUUAGCUGCUUAUCUUAUGUAAGAUCUUGGAAGAAUUGGAGGGAGGAUUUAAAGACGAAUGAUGGUUCAAGUUCAUUAGAUUAUGGGGUGACACAAUUCAUAAUCAAAAUUAGCUUUUACUGGUCCCAUUAAGUACACAAGUAGGUCAUGAGUGUUUCUCAAUAAUGCAAAGAUGGUGUUUAAUUGCUUUGAGCAUUUUGACCACAUCUUUGAUGAUCAUCAGUUCACCAUGUAGUUUUCUAUCUCUACAUCAUCAUUACCAUAUUUCUUCUUUAUCAAA